AAGCCAGUAACGGUAUACAUUUCAGUCGGUGACUUCGCUAGAGAGUAAAAAGUUACCAUCAAAUUACUCUCUCCAUAACAUGUACACGCACAACAGUUUCUGGUAGCUUCUGCUUGUGAUGUCACAUCACAACACCAGUAUCUAAUUCAUCAGCGAAAAUUAUUCUCAUAAACUAGGGCUUCUUCUUCUUCAAUCAAUCCUUGCAUCUGUUUGAUCCAUUCAUUUCAUAUAUCAAUGCCGCGCGCUUCGAAUUCCGGUGCCCUCCGCACCGCCGUUCGUGUCGUCGUCAUCGGAGAUCGCGGCACCGGUAAGUCAAGCUUAAUCUCCGCCGCUGCAUCGGAAUCGUUUCCGGAGAACGUUCCGUCGGUAUUGCCGCCGACUCGCCUUCCCGCCGAUUACUAUCCCGACGGCGUUCCGGUCAUUAUUGUCGACACUUCUUCAAGUAUACAGAAUAAGAGCAGAGUCGCUGAAGAAUUGCAACGAGCUGAUGCUGUUGUGAUCACUUACGCGUGCGAUCAGCGUGAAACGCUUACUCGCCUUAGUACUUUCUGGCUUCUCGAACUUCGUCGAUUGGAGGUAAAGGUACCGGUGAUCAUAGUUGGUUGCAAACUGGAUAUGCGGGAUGAGGGUUACCAUAUCAGUCUGGAGGAGGUGAUGGCACCUAUCAUGCAAAGGUUUCGGGAAAUCGAGACUUGUAUAGAGUGUUCAGCUGCCAAUCUUGUGCAGGUUCCUGAAGUAUUUUAUUACGCUCAAAGAGCAGUACUUCAUCCAACAGCCCCGUUGUUUGAUCAAGAAACACAGACUUUAAAACCCCGAUGUGUGAGAGCCUUGAAAAGAAUAUUUAUUCUUUGUGACGGCGAUGAAGAUGAUGCUCUGAAUGAUGCAGAGCUGAAUGAUUUUCAGGUCAAGUGCUUCAAUGCCCCUUUACAGCCUGCUGAAAUAGUUGGUGUCAAGAAAGUAGUCCAAGAGAAAGUACCUGAGGGUGUCAAUGACUUUGGACUUACACUGACAGGUUUUCUUUUUCUCCAUGCUCUUUUUAUAGAGAAGGGGCGUCUUGAGACGAUCUGGACCGUCUUGAGGAAAUUCGGUUAUAAUGACGAGAUAAAGCUCAGGGACGAAUAUAUUUCAAUUCCACUCAAACGAGCUCCAGAUCAGAGUGUGGAGUUAACAGGUGAAGCCAUGGAAUUUUUGAAAGGAGUCUUCAGUAUGUUUGACAAUGAUAAUGAUGGAGCUUUACGAUACUCUGAGCUGGAUGAUCUUUUUUCAACUGCCCCAGAGAGCCCUUGGGAGGAAUCUCCAUAUAAAGAUGCAGUAGAGAGAACUGCAUUAGAUCAUUUAUCUCUUUCAGGGUUCCUAUCUGAGUGGGAUUUUAUGACUUUGGUUGACCCAGCUCGAAGUUUGGCAAAUUUGAUAUACCUUGGAUACAACGGCGAUCCUGCAUCAGCACUACAUCUUACUCAAAGAAGAUUGUUAGACCGCAAGAAAAAACAAACGGAAAGAAAUGUUUUUAAAUGUCUAGUUUUUGGUCCUAAAAAAGCGGGAAAGACUGCACUGUUGAAUUCAUUCAUUGGAAGGCCCUAUUCAGAACAUUAUUUUCCAACAAGUGCAGGGAGUUAUGCAGUGAAUCGGGUGGACCGCCUUAGGGGAAAUAAGAAGACCCUCAUAUUGCAGGAAAUUCCAGAAGAUGGAGCUAAAAAGUUUUUGUCCAGUAGAGAGUCUUUGGCAGCUACUGAUGUAGCAGUCUUUUUGUAUGACAGUUCGGAUGAAUAUUCUAUGAAAAGAGCAGCAGAGUUACUUGUGCUAGUGGCCCGGCGAGGAGAAGAAAGUGGUUUCGGUGUUCCUUGCCUUUUUAUUGCAGCUAAAGAUGAUCUGGAUUCAUAUCCAAUGGCAAUAAAAGAUUCGGAGAUGAUUUGUCAGGAUAUGGGUAUACAUGCACCAAUAAGUGUCAGUGUGAAGGACGGAGAUAUGAAUAACUUGUUCUAUAGAAUUGUGAAUGCUGCCGAGCAACCUCAUAUUGGUGUUCCUGAAACUGAGAUUGGGAAAUACAAGAAGCGACACCGUCAGAUUCUUAAUCAUUCUCUUGUGUUCGUCUCAGUGAGUGCUGCUGUUACUGUGGUUGCAUUGGCAGCUUAUCGUGCCUAUGCUGCAAGAAAAAACGCCUCUGGUUAGGUAAAGUAAUAUUUUUGAACCUGUACCCAGCAGUUUACUUGUGUUCAUAAACGCCCUCAAGAUAAUUCUUGUAUAUAGGACAAAGUUACCGUUACUAUUGGAAAGCUGGAGACUUGUCCUCUUUCUUUUGUUGGUGUUUACACCACUAAUUUUUUUAUUGACAGUCUAUGAAAUAUAAAAGCACUUUAGUGCGUUUAAGUUGAUGAAA